AUCGUCAUCCUCAUCGUCGUCUUCCUCCCUCCAGAAGGACCAGAGUUUACUCCCCGAUGAGCAUCAUGACGGGCCGGGAGGAGGUCGGCGAAGAGAAGCCCAAAGUGAAGAUCUUAUCUCCGGGAUUUGGGAUCGAUAAGUCCCGGCUGCACGGCUCCGGGUUCCGGUCUAAAGGCUUUGCCAUCACUGACCUGCUGGGCCUAGAGUCGGACCUGCAAGCGCGGCAGCAGCCCGGAGGUCUCCCGGGUUCGGGCCUGUCGGCGGCGGGCUCCGGGCCCGGGACGGAGCCGCAGGGAGCCGGAGGCGGCCUCGGCGGGUUUUCCUUUCCGGGAGGGUCGCUGCCGCUCGGCCUGGGCUUCCUGUGCAGCCUGGCGGCCCAGCAGCCCGCCGGAGCGCCCUGCUUCCUGCCCGGACACCUGCCGCUGCUGCAGGCCCGGGCCGACAGCCACUACCUGCAGAACCUGGAGGCCCAGAGGGACGCCUACUCCGAUGAAGAGUGUCUCUCCGACCGAAACGACUCCAAAACCUCUGGAAACUCUCAGAAGAGAAAGAAGAGGAGACACAGGACGGUGUUCACCUCCCACCAGCUGGAGGAGCUGGAGAAGGCGUUUCACGAGGCCCACUACCCCGACGUCUACGCCCGCGAGAUGCUCGCCAUGAAGACGGAGCUGCCCGAGGACAGAAUACAGGUGUGGUUUCAGAACCGACGGGCCAAGUGGCGCAAGCGCGAGAAGUGUUGGGGUCGCAGCAGCGUCAUGGCGGAGUACGGUCUCUACGGGGCCAUGGUGCGACACUCCAUCCCGCUGCCCGAGUCCAUCCUCAACUCCGCCAAGAACGGCAUGAUGGGAUCCUGCGCCCCCUGGCUGCUCGGUGAGCCGCAUGCACGAAUGCACAAAAAGUCUUUAGAAAUGGCCAAAAAAUGCUCCAGCCCCCUGGAGGCGGACCCGACUCGCUCCGACUCCUUCUGCGACGCCUCGGAGCGACGGGGCGGCGGCGGCGAGGCCCGGCAGGUGGAGCACGAGGCGGGGGAGGAGGAGGAGCUGCUGGAGGAGGAGGAGGAGGAGGAGGAGGCGGAGGAGGAGGUGGCCAUCGACCUGUCCAGCUCCUCCAAACAGCAGCAUCAGCAGCAGCAGCAGGAGGAGGGCGGGAGGUGCGCCUCCUCGCCUCGGCGGCAGGGCGCCGGCGAGUCGGGCGAGCACAGCUGAAGGCCGGAGGCGUCGCACAGGACUGACGUUUUUGUUCUGGGAGCACAGGGAUUGGCUCCUCUCUCAGGGGGCACAGCCAAUCGAGGAACAGCUGUUACAUCGUUUGUUACUAUGCAAAGUUUUCGCUCUCGGUCGCUCAUUUGCACACUAACCGUUAUGACGCGUUCACAUCCUGAUGGAGUUACCGUCACUACCAGUUUCCCACCUGUAAAUACCGUCGGCAUCCAAGUCGCACUUACGACUGAGAAGGUCGAAUUUUUCCGAAAUAUAUCCCACUUGGCGCUAAAACGUACGGAAGUGCCGCCAAACGCACACGCGUGGAGCUCCUCCAUCUUCUUUUGAAUGAUUAACAAUGUGGACAAUAUUCUAGCAUAAUAACAUGUUUAGUGCUGAUGUAAAAUCUGACAUUAACGCGCUGGUAUGUUAUUGACCGAUAUGCUGAUUUGUUAGCUGGUAAUGAAACUACAGAUAUCAGUGCGUUAGCAAGCUAACAGCCUUGAGGACAUUUUGAAACCAGUGAAGUUAACGGACAAAAACGUGCGUACUUACUUUGUGAGUGACUCGUCCGCGGCUUUUAAACAACUGAUUGCACUAAACUAGUGAACUAAAACAGUAAACGCGUCAACCUCCGUUAGCGACCUCUCUGUGCUCCCAGAAAUGCUAACGUCAAGCUAACGUAACGAGAGCCGACACCACAAGAGUCAGAUGGUCCUCCGGGAGUCGGACUGAGCGUCGGGUCCUUUCUAAAAGACG